CUACUUUCCAUAUACAAUAAUCACAAGAAUUCUUCAAACCAGAAUAAAUGCCUAUUAUUUUUCCGUCUUCUACGUAAUGGAUCUUCACCCUUCUUCUCAAAAACACCCAAAGUUUCUCCUUUUCAACUUUCCAGUCUUUUCAACAAAGAAACAAAUCUCCCAUGCACUCUUCUUCUUCUCCCUUCUCCUCGCUUCCCUUAUUUUCUACCGUCUCAUUGCCCCAAUUAAACCGCAAACUCUUCUGGGAAUCAACUUGUUUUCGCCGCUGAGUCAAACCUCUGCCCCUCAAGCUGCUUGUGAUUACUCUUAUGGGGAAUGGGUUUGGGACGAAGGUUAUCCCGGUGAAAAGUAUACCGAGAACUGCCCGUUCUUGGACCCAGGUUUCCGGUGCCACCGCAGCGGCCGCCGGGACUUGGAGUAUCAGAAAUGGCGGUGGAAACCGCAUGCCUGUCAUCUUCCAAGGUUCAAUGCCAGUGAUCUUCUCCACCGGAGUCGAAACGGUCGGAUAGUAUUUGCCGGCGACUCCAUUCUAAGAAACCAAUGGGAGUCUUUGCUGUGCAUGCUGGCGCAAGGAGUUGCGAACCAGUCAAGCAUACACGAGCAAUUUGGAAAGCCCAUAACCAAACACAAAGGCUAUCUGUCAAUGAGGUUUGAAGAAUUCAACCUCACCGUUGAAUAUUACAGGGUCCCUUUCUUGGUGCCCGUCUGCCGGCCUCCGGCAAAUGCGUCCAAGGAAGUGAAGGGCGUGCUUAGACUCGACAGGCUACAUUGGUUCUUCCGAAAGUUGGUCGGCGCAGAUGUUCUCGUCUUCAGUGGAGGGCAUUGGUGGAAUGAAGACAAGACGCAUAAGAUGGGCAUAUAUUUCCAGGAAGGCAAGGCUGUAAACAUGAGUAUGAAUAUAACAGAGGCUUUCAGUAGAUCUUUGAACACCUGGGCUUUAUGGGUAACACGAAACUUGUCGUCCGAGACUCAUAUCAUCUUCCGCAGCUAUUCCCCAGUACAUUACAGGAAUGGAACGUGGAACUCGGGUGGUAAUUGUCAUACAAGUACGGCGCCUGAAAGAGAUCAGGCUGGACUGGGGCGUGACCCAAUCAACAAUGUGUAUAUUUCGAAGAUUGUCAAGGAAAUGGCGAUGAUGGGGAGAAAUGUUACUUUCCAAAAUAUUACGUAUCUGAGUGAGUUUAGGAGAGAUGGCCACCCUUCGACCCACCGUGAACCGGGCACCCCAGUUGAGGCACCGCAGGAUUGCAGCCAUUGGUGCCUACCUGGGGUGCCAGAUACUUGGAAUGAACUUCUUUAUAAUGAUCUAUUGUUGAAGGGAUUUAGAGGCGAGUCGAAACAAAUGUAGC